AUGGACGCUACCACACAAUCUCAGCCUCUGGCCGACCGCCCAACCAACACCCACCUGGCCAACACCGAGAAGACAGACCUGAAAGGCUCAGACAUCUCCUCAAUGGAGUAUCACCGCCAGGUUCUGCAGGGCAAAGUAGCAGGCGAGGAACAGCCAACAUCCUACGUCUCACCCUCCGAUGAUAUAAUGAGCCCCUGCACAAAGAAGUUGAGCGAUAUCAAGGGCAAGCGCUUUAAGAAUGCCGGCAAGCCCCAGUCAUUGUUCGCUAAGCUCGGUAAGAAGAGCUAUGAGCAAUCUUCAGCCGAGCAGGGUCGGACUGAAAACUAG